ACUAGAGUCAACAAAACCUUUAAAAAAAAAAACAAAAGACUACAUUGCUCCAGUCAGCCAUAAUAAAAACAGUCAGCAGGAGCAGAAAAAGCUUAAGAAAUUCUACAUUAAUUUUGAUCUAAAUCAAAGGUAAUAAAAUUAAACUUGCUUGCGACCAAUGCAGAGUGUUUUUCCAGUUUGAAGCAUUAUUUAAAUGCAGCGUAGUUAAUGCUAGCAAAUGACCCACAAAAACAACAGAGGGAGGUUUUCAUGGACCAUGAUCCAUUCAGAGUGAAUAUAGUUGAACAAAAGCAAAGUGGAAACAAGCAAAAAGCUUGUAGAAAUUAUAAGAGGGGUUUGACUGAAUGUGAAUAAAGAAUUUUUCAGCAAUAAUUGAGAAGGGCAUACAUAUAUAUAUAUUGUUUAAAGUAUUAAAAAUAUAUAUACAUAUACAUACAUAUUUACAUAAUAUAUUAUAUAACAAUAACUAUGCCAUAUUUUCAGAGGUGCCUGUCUGGUUUCCUUUCAAAAACAAAACUAUUUUUAAACAAAUCGUAUUGACUCUUAAACGUAAGUUUUUCUGGCAUCGUACAGAGUGAUGCAGCAAGCUGCUGUCACUGCUCUUAUCUCUGGCUCCAGAGGUUUGUUACGCCCCGCCUCACAUGCCUUUACUUACUUAAAGGUCUAUAUGUUUGUGUUUGAGAUAAGAAAUGAGACUGCACUUAUUUAUGUUUUCUCAUGGGUCCAUCCUAGUUGCAAAAGUAUUAAGGUAAGAAAAGCAUUUGUUAUUAAUGUGUAAAUAUUAGAUUUUGGGAUUUUUUUUGGUCAGUGGUGUAUAUUGUUAUCAUGGUCUCAUAUACAUGUUAUAGUUGUUUAUUACAUCAGUUUUUUAUAAUUAUACUGUCUUUGUUCUCACUUAUUUGAUACCACUUGUUUGAUACCAACCUACCACACGGACUAAAGAUUAAAAUCAGCCAACUAACUAUCCAUCCAAACUUCAACAUGCUAAUUAUAUUUAUUGUGAGGUUGACAAAAUAUAUUUUAAUGAGAACUCUUUUAAUUUAUGAAUUUAUUAACAAAUUAGGAAUGAUAAUAUUUUCCCCUUCAUUUUUUGUAGAAUGUCAAGAAUGUUGACUGGAGGGAUCAUCAUUUUCCUUUUAUCUUUACUGGUUGACUUUUCCGUUACUCAACCCGCUCAACAAGACAAUCAGGAAGUCUAUGGUGUGUCUGCAACGGAAAUCCCCCGCACUCUGAGACCUGGUGUGACAGAGGUCUUCUUUGUGAACAGCCGGAUUUAUACAAUUCCCAAUGGAGCUUUUGCUGGAAGUCCAGAGCUUGAGAAGGUGGAGUUUAUGGACACAGAAACAAAUACUAUCGAGCUUGGAGGCUUUGAUGGUUUGGUAAAGCUCAAAAGUGUUGAGAUAUCCAGUAAUCCGUUGAGGUCAGUGCCUGUAGGUUUGUUUAAAGACAACAGCAAUCUGGAGACAAUUAUUCUAAAGUUUAACAAGCUUGUUGGACUUGAGAAAGGUUUGUUUGAUGGUCUAACAAACUUGGUAGACCUACAGCUACAUGGAAAUGAAAUUGAGUUAAUUGAAGACCAGACAUUUGACGAGCUUGUCAAUCUUAAGAAGCUCAAUUUGGGUAAAAACAAUCUUACUUCAGUAUCCACAAGCUGGUUCUCAAAGCUGAAAAACCUGGCUGCUAUACGGCUGUAUGAAAAUCAGCUCACCACCAUUCCUGAGGAUCUCUUCAUGGACUUACCAAACUUAGAGGAAAUAGAUCUGCAUGGAAACAGGAUCAGUGCGCUUUCUCCAAAUUUAUUUCCACAUAAAGGAAAGUUUGUUAAAUUGCUUUUGGACAGUAAUCUUCUGACCAGUUUACCCGAAGAAUAUUUUGUUGGCUUCCCUAAGCUUAAAUUAUUGACCCUAAAAAAUAAUCAACUGACCAGCCUGCCGCCUGUGCUUUUUGGUGAAAUGCCUAAACUGACUGAGCUGAGCCUCGAACAAAACAAUCUCAGCACGCUUCCUAAGGGAAUCUUCAGCUCCUUGAAGAAAAUUAAGAAGCUGGAUCUCUCCAAAAAUUAUUUUUUGAACUUGUCUCCUGAUUACUUUGAAGGACCUGAGAAGCUCACUGAGAUUAACGUCCAAGGCAACAUGAUAAAUUCAUUGGAUGGACAACUAUUUGAAAAUCUUCAAUUUGUGACCACAAUCAAGCUUGCCAACAAUGACCUGCGGACACUUUCUGGGGAUGUUUUUGACUCUUUGACUAAACUCAAAAAACUUGACCUUAGUAACAAUCCAUGGCAAUGUGACUGCAAUCUGAUAGAUUUUUAUCACUGGAUAAAAACCAAUGCUGAUAAGCUCACACUGGAGGUGCACUGUGAGUAUCCAGAACAUCUGAAAGGACAGGAAAUCAAAUUGUUAAACGAGGAUCAGUUAGUUUGCCCCACUCUCCCACCCACUACCAUCACCUUACCGACCACUAUACCAACAACAGUCCGAACAACAAAACCGACAACCACUCUUUCUACCACCACACUGCGCACUACAACACCCACCACCACUUUACCCACCACCACACCCACAACGACACAGCCUACCACCACCACACCCACAACCACAACUACAACCACCACCACAACCACAAUGCCAUCAACCACUCCUACUUCCACCACAUAUAACAACAACAACACUUAUGACAACCACCACAUUCACAACUACACAAUCUACUGCAAUGRCUACUUUUCCAACCACAACUACACUUACACCUACCACCACAGUGACCACAUCUACACCCACAACAGCAAAACCCACAACGAUCACACUCCGGACAACCCUUCCAACAACAACCCAACCAGAGACUCCUACUACAUCAACUCCUUUUGGGUUUUCAGACACAGACCCGUCCCCAGCAGGAAGCUGGAGAACCUGUGGCCAUCAUCUGUUCAGACAGCAGUGGCAAAUGACUGUGAGUUUACAAACCCUCUCUCUUGCCAGCGCGACAACAUGACUGCUUACGGGUAA